UCAUACAGCUCAUCUCACACACUCAUCGAUUUUUUAAUACAUUUUAUUUUUUCUUUUGCUCUAAAAUUUUACCUAAUGGUGGAACUCAAAAAUGGUAAAAAAAAUGUAAACAAAACCAUACGGUUCGAAUUUACUUUUUUUACUGCUGUCAAUGGUUUCUUAUCUGGUUAUCUGUGCAACUAAUGUUAAUAUGUGUGUGAAAACACCAACUCUUCAAAUAUAUUUUUUAUGAAACAUCCCGUAAUCAGCUGUGGAUUCUUGUGACAGUGAUGCUAUCGUGUAUAUUUUCACAUUUAACUGCAAAAGUCUUUUCAAGAUGCUCAGCUGUUGAAAAAUAUAUAUAUCUAAAUAUAUAUCUAAAUCCAAUAACGUUCUGUUGGCAGUGACAACAUCGAGAAGUUAGUUAUUAAAAUGUACUUAUCCCUUUAAAAAAUCCCUGAAAUACCAUCACUGGUGAUGUAAUUGAAUUGUGUCCAUAUCGUGGGGAUCUGUAGACAAGUAUAAAUUAAAUUGUUGCCAUUUAUAAUAAGUCCCAAAUGAAUAUGUCUUUGAAAAACAUAUUAUCCAAGAUAGUAUUAAAAACAACCCGUAAUGUUGUUCAAAAUCAACGUUUCGCACCCCUGCAUACCAGCGUUAUUCUAAAAAAGGCUGAAGAUCGCAAGGAAAUGUUGGCCUCAAUGCCAGCUAAAGACGAAGGCACAGCCGGCGAAAAAUCCAUUGAUAUUGACACUUUAAUGGGAAAAAAGGAACGAUUUUUCCCAGAUGCGGGAACUUCUACACAGCUCUUCAAUAGUUUACCAUUCAAUGAGCUUCCUGUUGCUCAUGUGCGUGUAUCCCCCAACAAUACCAUCAUAUCAUUCACUGAUAGUAAAGGUGUUCCACGUCUAAUUCGAUCCUGUGGUAUUGAAGGUUUUAAAAAUACUCGAAAAGGCACUAAUAUUGCUGCCCAGGCCACAGCUAUUAGUAUAGGAAGUAAAGCUGUUGAAUUGGGAUGGAAAACCAUUCGCGUUAAAGUUCGUGGCUUAGGACCGGGAAGAAUGUCUGCUAUAAAGGGAUUACAAAUGAGCGGUUUAAACAUUGUUUCAAUAACUGAUAAUACACCUGUAUCAUGGAAUCCACCACGAGCACGUAAACAAAGAAGUUUGUAAACUAAUAUUCUACUAUUGUUAUUACAUACAUAAAUGUUAAUUAAAAAAUAAUAAUAAUAAACUAAUAUAUAUGUACAACACAAUAAAUAUA